UUUAGACAAGCAGUAUGGCGGAAGAAGAGAGUGAAUUGGAGUUAGACAGGUUUAAGAAAGAACUGGAGACUUUGUUGAAGACUAGUGCAAGCGACGAACGCGGACUCCAGAGCAAGACGUACUGUGAACGAUUCUGUGAGUUGGUGGUGGAGCAAACCGGACGAUGGCAAGUGCCUCUUCCCCAGCUCCAGGUGUUGCAGAGUGCCCUGUGCUCUUUUGUCCAUGGUGUGGCUUCAUUCCCUCCGGAGUGUGAGCAUGUACGCUACACGCUGAGUAGUCUGGCCCUGAGCAUCUUCGAACUGCUGUUGUUCUUCGGAAAAGAUGAAUUCAUCGAGCAUCCUUUAAAAGGCAUCCUAGACUCAUUCCAGGACUGCUAUGCGAGCCUGGUAGGACACCAGAAUGUUUACCUUCUGCAGGUUAGACAUAUUAUUAAAGAUGGAGGUCCUUGGGCAAACCCUGUUCUUCAGGCCAUCCUCAAGGAUUCAGAACUACCACAAGAAGAUGCGGACAAAUAUCUGAGCUCAGAAGUAGCCAUUUUCUUUGAGCUUCGAGUGCGUUAUCUGGUGGCGUGUGAGAGGCUACCGGAGGCAUUGGCACUGACAAGGAGAUGCAUCCGGCACUCUGUUGUAGGAAAACAUCUCUAUUUCAAGCAAGCCUACCUCAUCUGCCUUUGGAAAGCUUCUCAUCAUGAGCGAUUGUGCAAGGGGAUGGCAGACAUCGAUGGGAAGGAUGCUGUAGAGAUACUCUGCAUGAUGGAGAAUGAAGAGAAAGAUGAGACUGUUUUAAUGCUGAGUAAAGGCUUCCUAUCUCAGAAGCUCCAGAUUGGAGAUAUGUACUACCUUUGGGAUUUGGUCUUCAUAUGGAGCAGACUCUAUCUGCGAUCAAAGCUGUCUAAGCAGGGCUUCCUAGAGGAAUGCAAAGUAAUGAUUCUGUCAGCCACCAACAUAAAAGCGAUUUUCCCAUUUAUGAAGGUGAUUUUGGCAGAGCUUGGAAAAGAUGGCUUGGAGUUUUGUGUGGAGCUUUGUGCACGAGCCUUGCAGACUGACCUUCAGAAUGAUCCAGUCUCCAAGUCUCUUAUCUACAAAACCAUUGCAUACCUACUCCCUAAUGACCUUGAGGUCUGUAGGGCUUGUGCACUGCUAGUUUUCUUUCUAGAGAGAACUGUUGAGUCAUACAAGAAUGUGUUCCUCCUAUACACUCACCCUGAUCAAGAGUACCAUGCAGACACCAGUCUUGUCGGAAACAGUGUACGCUUUGAGGUUCUCCAGAUCCUGAAAAAAGACCUGUACUUCGACCCCGAGUUCUGGAGCCUUCUCAACAUUGAAACAAACUGUCUUAAGCUAAUGAGCGAUAAGGUUGGUAAAGCAACACUAUGUGAAAUAAUGCAAAGGGACAAGUGGAUGCCAAGCUACUGUGUGAAAGGAUAUUGUCAGUGUUAUGCAGACAACACACAUGGCACUGUCACUAAAGCAGAGAAUCAUACCAGUCGAAAGAAACAGGAGUCAGUGAAAACGUGGGUAAGUUCUGCCUCAGGGGAAGCAUCCUCCAAACCUCCAGGCAAAAGGCGGGGAAGGAAGCCAGGCACACAGCUUGUAAAAGAUCCAGAGGCCUGUCCAGUUCGACGUUCAUUUAGGCAAUUGGACUUGGCAAAGGAUCAUGCCAGGCAACAUAAUAGUAGACGCCAGAGACUCCUUUCCCGGCAGACAGAGAUGAACACUCUGAAGCGCAAGGGAAGGAAACCACAAUGGCUUUUAGACCAGUUAGCUGAAAACAGUGAACCUCAACAAGACAAGAAACCAAGAAGGAAACCAAAGCAGUCAAAUCUUUUGAAGGAUAUUUCACUUGAGGAGCCAUUAAGUGAAAUCACAAUGAACAUUUCCUACCCUGAUAACGAAGUUGACCUCACUUCUGAUGUUCAGGCCUCACUGUUUUCCACAGAGACCCCUCAUAAUACUGAAUGCAGUACUGACAAAACUGCAUCUCAAGAGAAUUUGAAAUGGCCUGACAGUGCUACGUCUCUUCUCGAGUUACUCUCAGCAGAAUCUACUCAAUGUAGGAAAAAAGACUUCAGGGUGAGGGAGGAGAUUGUUUUCCGUGAGCAAGGCCUUACUAUGGUUCGUAAAUUCCACACAUAUUCAAGACCAGCUGAAAUAGAAGAAUUAUCAGUUGACAGUUCACCCAAAGAUGAAGUUAAGGUGGACCAUAAUGAAUCCAAAAAUGAAAGACAGACUGCUGAGCAACAGUGUGAACCGACAGAGAGCCCUCAAGCUGCUGCACAGGAUAAAAAUGCUGUGGAAAUCAAGACUACACCAAUCCCAGUCAUAAAUGAGGAAGAAUCCAGUCCUGCUGAAACCAUUCUUGAGCCAUUUAAAGAAAUCAUUGAACAUCCAGAAGUUAACGAGCCACCAAGUCCCCAAGAUGCAAACACCAAAUAUCCGGACUAUGGCCCUUAUAGUCCUAUUAGUCCUCCAGAAAUUACUAAUGUUGAUCUUCCACCAGAAUCUGUCACCACAGCUGAUGCCAUUCCUGUACCUGAUAGUACACCAGAAAACGUGACCCGUCUCCAUGAGGAUGCUCCUCCAGUUCUUACUGAAGUGAUGAUGCUCCCUGAUGAUACAGCAGCUACUUUGAGUCAAAGUGAGAUUAACAUUUCUUCUAAAAUUGAGCAUGAGAAUAUGGAGGCACCAGUGCUAUCACCAAGACCUGAGGAGACGUUACCAAGACCUGAAGAUAUGUCAUCAAGACCUGAGGAGACAUCACCAGAAAUGCACAAAGCUGUUGUUGAUCUAGUCCCUGACCUUAUUCCACCAAGUGAGGCAGGUUGUCAGCUUUCAGUUAACUGCAGCCUUUGCAAUAAAGAAACCAAAUACCAAUACAUUCUACGGCAUGCAAUGUGGCAUCAUCGGACUGACAGAAAGUGCAUGUUCUGCCACAAACGCUACACUCAUGGGCGUAGCCCAUCAGUCCAUUUUAAAGUGCACAUUCAGGAGCUGAAAAAGUCUAAUGGGCUUUUUGAUGAAAAUAUUUGUGAGAAUGCCACAAAGACCAACUUGCGACGUGCCCAGACAAGACUGUUUAAACGUGUGAAUCCUGCCAUGAAGAAUAGGUUUAGAAACAUCAAAAUGAGGUUAAACUGUACUUUGAACAUCACAAAUUUGCACAAGGAAGGGCAAAGUUCAGAGCCUAAAGAGAGACUGCGGGCAAGGUUAGUUAAGAAUUCAGAUCACCCAAGUACAUCGGAAGAACAAAAAGAGAAAGUUUGCAAGAUGAAGAGAAAACAUUUAAGAAGAGUUUUAGCAAAGAGAUCUCAGUCCAUAGAUGAGAACAAAAAGUUUUUCAGAAUGGGACUAGCAAGGAAGAGAGCAAAGACUAUGCAAACAGUAACUCCAGAUGACAACCAUUCAGAUACCAAGGACACCUUGGCUCAUAGGGUAAAUGGAGUGAUCAGAAAGAAGAGAAAAGUGAAGAGCGAGCCUGAGACGAAUACCACUGAUGAAAAGGUUCAGACAUCAUUACCACAGGAUAACAAAGUGAAAAUUGAUAGUGUAGAAGGUCAGAAAGACAAUGUCAAGACUGAGUCUGAGAAAUCAGAAGUAACAAAAGUCAAGAGCAAAUCAAAAAUGAAAAGAAAAGAUAAAAUGCCAAACUCUGGGCUGAAAAAGAAGAUUACGCCUGGAGAUCAAAAAGAGGAAGGAGAAGAUGUAAAGAGGAGGAAGAUAACAAGUAGCCCGGAAGUCAGUUCUGAGAAUCAGGAACCCAAAGACAAUAAUACUGAAUUUAAGGAAAUAAAUCCAGUGGUGCACAAGAAAGCUCCUCAGCCAAAACCCAAACAGCCUUCCACACCAUUCCAAGGAAAAAGAACUGGAGCAUCUACACAGGUCAGAUGCCCUGUGGAGAUAUGUACAUUUAGUGCAAAGUCGAUCCUCGUCCUCUCGCAUGUGCUGUCUCACCACCAUGGCGACAAGAAGGCGCUUGUGUUCUUUUUCAACUUUGGAAAGGAAAAAUGUCUUUUCUGUUGCAGAAAGAUAUUUAACCCUCAGCAUUUUUUUGACCAUGUGAUAUGCCACAGAGGUGAGCUGAAGUUCCCAUGCUACCAUUACGGCUGUAAGGAGAGGUUCCAAACACGAAUGGAGCUUAGCGAGCACAUGUUAUGCCAUCAUCCGUUGAGAGCGAUGUGCUGCUUUCCUGGCUGCUCUAUGCAAGUUGAGAGCUCUAUACUCUUGUAUAGGCAUGAGAGAACACAUUAUCUACCCGAUACUAAUUUGGAAAGAAAACCCAAAGAAUCUGAACCAACAGGGCAUGGAGCCCCUCAAAGCCUGGAAGAUAGUAUAGAGGCAUCAGCAAAUUCUUCACCAAGUCAACAAAUUCUAGAUACAGGCAAUUUGAAGCAUCCUGCACAUCAAGAUGAUGAGGAUAGAAAACCUUUGGUUCUCAAUAAAGGUUCUGUAAGCUACAGUACCAAGAACCAUAGUCUCAUUAAUGGACAUAGCGAGUGUGACAAAGUUGUUCCUCCCAAACCUUCAGAUCCAGUCGUUAAAGAGCAGGAACCAUCGGUUUUAGGAAAACCUGUUACGAAACAAUUCGUUCGACCUCUUCCCUCAGCCUAUCUGGAUGAGUCUUAUAUUAGCAUGCCAAAACGCUGGAAGGAACCCCAGGUGGCCUCAAAGUCAUUAGGCUCUGUGGCAAAGCAAGAAAAAGUGGCUACCAGGCAGCGCUGCUCUCGAUGUUUUCAGUCUUUCAACAAUGAGGAAGAGCUGCAAACACAUAAGGACAAAUGCACAUCCCUCUUUGGUUUUGAUUCGGAUGAUGAAAGUGCCUCCUGAAUUUGGAGAAGCAAGCCACUCUACUGAGAAAAUUGCUAAAUGCUGCUGUAGGCAAUCAGCAUUCUUACGUGUGCUUAACAUCUUUGUCAGCGUCUCGAGACGGAACUAUAUUGAGAACUACAUGAGAAACUGAUUAUCCCUCGUUGUAGUCUUAUAAGACCGAUCUGCUGCUUUAUUUCAGAGCGAGGGUCUGAUCACUCUUCAUAAAAUGAAAUCUGACAUUGACUUUUUUCCCAAAGUCUUUUUAGACUUGUGACUAUUUUUUUACUUGGUUGUCAUCUUUGCUAGAAAAUGAAAAAGUUUGUCUUUCUACAAAAUGCACAACAGAGGCUUUUGACUCCCUCAUCACUUCCUGUCACAGAGCUUAGCCUGUUCUCUCUUUUUUUUUUUUUUUUUGCUUGUCUUUUCAAUACCUGGAUGUGGGAGGCCACCAAGGACCAUGACACUACAAGAGGAGUUGGUCUAGGAUAAAUAGCUGCACUAGAAAGCAUAAAAAAUUGUGCUCAGUCUAGUGGUUAAAGGUUUAACUUGGCUGUUUUGUGACAGUGGGUCAGAUGUUUACCAGUGUUACGGUGCUUUAUGAGCAGAAGUACUGGAUGGAAACUCGUAGGCCACUUUAAGUAUUGAAAGCACACUCUAAACAUGUUCUUUUAUUAUUUUUAAAAGAUUUGAUAUGUGAACCAUUGUAAAUUGUUACUAAUUGCAUAUUUUGCAAAUGUCAUUAACUUGCUUACGUUUAAGUCAGUGGACAGUUGGGAAGAAUUAAAGACAUCAAGUCUUUAAAUGAAGGAUCGGGACUUCAGUUGAGAAAAUGUAAAGAACUGUCGGCCUAUAACUGGUGCUGCUGAAAAGGCCUAGUCUUUAAGACUGCAGAUUCUCCUAUUAAUGGAGGAGUGUAUAUGUGCCACAAAGCCUCGUUGAACAUUGUCACGACAUAGUCUAAAGGACUUCUCUUUAAACUCAAGAAAAUUGUAAGGGGAGAACUAAUUUGUGUCUCAAACAGAGGCAUGCUUAAAGCUGUUCCGUUGAUGAACAGUAACAGUCUUAUUUAUUCUUUUUUUUUUCUUUUGUUUUUGUUUUGUAUCUUAUGUAAAUGUUUGAAGAGUUUAAAUAGUAUAUGAUUGAACUGGGUGACUGGGUUUAUAUAACAAGAGCUUUUUUGUCCUGAAUAAACACAUUUG